UCGUUCAUGUUCAGUAGUUCAGUCUCAGUCAGUUUGCAGCUGACUGUGGGGAGGAGAGGACGUAUGACUACGACUUUUCCAAAUCGAACGAGGUUAAUUCUCCAUGUAUGUUAGCCUCAGUUGGAAAAGCCCCACGCUGUUUUCCUUCAGGAACGCAGAAACAGAUCAGUCUUGACUCACACCCAUGCGUUUCAUCAGCUCUGAAAUUGUCUACUUUCACCUCCCGUCAUAAUAAUUGUGUCAAUCCAGCGCGGGUUAAUAUGUGACAAAAUAGCACCGCUUCAGUGAUUGUUUUUAUUUAUAUUUAACAACAGUGUUACCCUUAAUAGGUAGUGGAGUGCCCAGAACCAGCCCAGUGGGGUGGGUUAGUGUCAUCUUUAUUAGCAAAACAGUAAUCGAUAGACGCUGCGCGGUUGCCACAUUCAGUAGACCGACCUGACAUUACAUUGUUUUCAAGCAACAUCGCAUCGCACAGCUGACUGGGACGACGUACAACUGGAUUUCUGUAAUUCAGCUCCAUUGAGGAGCAUCUUUGGGGAAGACCAUCCAACUCCAUACAGUACUCCUGAAAGUUAUUUCAUCCAUUUUUUUCAAACUACUAAGGGGGGAUGGUGUACUUUCUAGCCGAGUGGGGUAUGGGAGAUACUGAGAACGGAAAGAGGAGCUAUGCGGAACCCACUAGCGACCCCUUGAGACGUACGGAACGCCUCGAUCGAGACGUAGAUGAAGUUGACUUGUUUCCACUCAGCAAUCAGGUUGGAGGUCACACCAGAUUGAUGGUAUUGAAUCCUAACACGAUCUGCAAGCCCUUGAACUAUAGGGAGCUAGACUUCUAUCAAAAUAUUCAAGAGCAGGACAUUAAAAAUUUCGUACCGAAAUACAAAGGAGUCAUGCAAGCGACUUUGUGUAGUGGAGGAAAAAUGGAAAAAAGAUACAGCCCAAGCUUCAGAGAUGACCACACUCGCGGAAAAUCUGACAGGAAGAGGAAGAGAGGCGAAGAAGUUUUAAAAAUGAGAAUCCACCACACAGGCAACCCUAAGGAUGUUAUAAAGAGUAUUUCCCAAGCAGACAAUACAAAUAAACAAUAUUUCCUCAUGCUGGAAAAUAUCACUUCCCACUACACCCACCCCUGCAUCCUGGACCUCAAAAUGGGCACUAGGCAGCACGGCGACGACGCCUCUGCCGAUAAACGAAGGAAGCAGAUGGCGAAGUGUGCCGCGAGCACUUCCGCUUCCUUGGGUGUCCGCUUGUGCGGUAUGCAGGUGUAUCAACCAGAAACGGAUCUCUACUACAAGAAGGACAAAUAUUGGGGGCGCGAACUGAACGAGGAGGGGUUCAGAAAUGCCCUGAGGAUAUUUUUCGAUAACGGAUACGGACUGAGAGUAGGGGUUAUAAGGAGAGUAAUCGCCAAGCUGGAGGAACUGAGGAGGGUGAUAGAGAAACAGUCUUGUUAUAGAUUUUACUCGUGUUCAUUACUCAUAGUAUACGAAGGGGAUGGAGGAGUGCCCUACGUGACGGUUUCCAAGCCAGGACCUUGUUGCGCCAGUAACUUGAACUCGUUUUGUGACAUCGAUUGCACGCAAGCCUCCGAGGACACCAGCCGCGACCUGCCUUGCUACUACGAUGCCGACACGUCGAACUCCUCUAUCGAUUAUAGCUCCAGUCACGACGAGGUCUCCCAAGACUCUCAUCAUAGGGGUUUUGGAGAGGCUGCAGCUAGAGGGGCAAAGUCCAGCACGUUUUUCCCUAUUUCGGAGGACACAGUUUUCCUGGAUUCACCCCCGCCACCCAGUAUAGCAACCUCGAGUCCUAUAUCGGUGGACAGUUGGAUGAUGUUUUCGAAUAGUAGCAGCGAAGAGUACUCCUUACCGGGACAUUUGACCGGUUCUAGCUCCAAUGAAGACACUUCUGACUCAGAUUUGCCUUCCCCGCACAAGCCCAAGAGGAACUGUACCUUGCAGUUUGGUGCCCUGGAUCUGGAGGAGGAGGAUGAAAUGGUACCGAUCAUCAAAAACGUGCCUAAAAGGUUAUGUGUUAAGGACAACUUGCCUUCCGGAAGUAGUUCGCGGUUUUCUAGGUCGGCAUCACCGCCGGAUGUAGACGUGAGAUUGAUAGACUUUGCGCACACCUCUUUCUUGAGGAAAACCGAUACGGAUGCCAAAAGUGUUCAUGAAGGGCCUGAUGGAGGGUUCUUGACCGGUUUGGACAGUUUGAAACGAUUGUUGUCGCAGAUUAUUACCAAUGAAGAUUAAGUUGAAACAUUCAAAUGAAGAGGGCAACUACAUGAUGAUGAUUCUGGUUAAGGAAAAUAGUAACAGGGACGAAAGGGAUGAACCCGAUUAUUUUACUUAAAAAAUCAAGCCUUCUGAAGUGACAUGUGUAGGUAUUUGCAAUUACAGGAGGUUAACGACGAUCGCAAAUAAAAUUUCGCUCAUCUCGAAUAAAACAAAUGCUGCCAAUGUAAAUAAAUAUAUCAAUUUUCCAAUGAUUUUUAUUUAAUUGUCUUAAGAGUUAUAUUUUUAUUUAUGAAUUUAACAGUAUUCUUAGAGAAUUUGUAACGUGGACCGUUACAAAGAGUUGAGGUAGCCUGUAACUUAUUGAUUAUGGAAACUAGUUUACUUUAAUCUGUGAUUUUCUUUGUACAUUUUUUAAAAUAAAAUGUGGAAGAGUGAAUGGGCAAUUUCUAGACAUUCCAAAAUUUGUGUAGAAAUCCAUGUAUUAACACACGCAGUUUACUUCGAUUUCGUUUGAGGUUGAAAAUAGCUAUAAUAGAGUUUAUUGUUCUAGAUUGUAUAUUCCCAAAGAGGGACCACUUUUUAUAACAAUGUUGCCAGAUAAUUUUAAUUGCCACCUUUUUUUUUAAUGUUUAGGAAUUUGAGUGAUUUGUGGUUUUGUUGUACCUUUAAUAAUAAAACUUUGAAAUAA